AGCCCAAAAAGCCUUUUAAGUUGUAUUCUUGCUCCCUUCUCAUCACCUUUUGAGGUUCCAAGCUUUUCUUUGACCGGAGGAGAGCCUCUCAGCAAUGGCGGAUUCGAUUUUCAGAAAGCUAAGAGACGGAGGCGAAGAAGGCGAGCUCGCGCCAGCUCUCACCAUAGAGGAAACUGUAGUUUCACCUUUCGCCCUCGACGUCUCCUGCUAUCUCCUCGCGAAUCUAUCUUCAUCAAUCCUGGCUGGAAAAUCCAAGUCGGAAGGCCUCGUGCUGGUCACAUUCUCUCGGAGCCCUUCCUUCUAUUUGCAGUUCUUGAAGCAAAGAGGAAUCGUUGUCUCUUCAUCCUCUAAAUGGAUUCGUGUUCUGGAUUGUUACACCGAUCCACUAGGCUGGAUUGAUCAACCUUCCACUGGUGUUACUGAAGGUCCAAGUUUAGUUAAGUUAAAUAAGUGUGUUAGUGACUUGAAGAGACUUUUCUCUUCAGUCAUUGAUGCAGGGAGAGAGAUGGUUGGAGAUGGGAAGACACGUUUCUCUGUUGCCAUUGAUUCGGUAAGCAAAUCCUCUCUUUGGAGUUUUAGAUAUGAGAUUAACGAUGAUAUAUAUUUUUGGUUGAAUCAGGUGAAUGAGCUGCUAAGACAUUCAUCCAUGCCAUUAGUUUCUGGUCUUUUAACAGAUCUUCGAAGCCACGCACAAGUUUCCAGUUUGUUUUGGUCGUUGAACACUGACCUUCACCAAGAGAAGGUCACCAAUGCGCUUGAAUAUAUAUCCACCAUGAAAGCCAACUUAGAACCUUUUUGUCCAUCUCCCGAUGGGAAAAGGAAUGCUUUGGAAAACCUCUUCUUGGCUCAUCAGGAUUUCGGUAAAGGACGGUUCCAUGUCCGGUUUAAGCUUAGAAAGGGACGUGUCAGAGUAAUGUCUGAAGAGUAUCAUGUUGAUCAAACGGGCAUAAACCUUUCACCCAUUUCCUCCGCUGAAUCUGUUAUUGCAGCCACCAAAAGCCUUAUACCUAAGGUUCAUUUCAAUCUACAGUUGUCUGAGAAAGAACGUGUUGAGAAAGAAAAAGUUGUCCUUCCCUUUGAGCACCAAGAUCAUGGAAAAUCGACAGAGAUCUAUGAUGGGCGGAGAACUCUUGCGGAUGGCAAGACCGAGGCAACGCCAUUGUCUUCAGGAGAGUUGCAGGCCGAUGUGGUUUCAUCUGGUAAGGGUGGAGAGAUUAUAUAUUUCAGAGAUUCAGACGAUGAGCAUCCAGAUUCUGAUGAGGACCCUGAUGAUGAUUUGGACAUUUAAUUGCUCUUGUAAGAACCAGAGAGUGUGUUUUGGUUUUUGUAAGUUACUUUGGAUUAUAAUCGCUGGGAUCUUAAUUGUUUAGAUUUAUCCAACUUUGUAUACUAGAUAGCAGAUUUGUAACACUUGAAGGAUUUUUUUCAUUGUGUUA